UGUUUAAAAGGCUUUGAAAAGUGUUUUUGUUUUGUUUUAUUGACUAAAAAACGCCAUUUUUGGCCACUUUUACCACUUAUCACAUGAUUUGAUCCACUCUUAACUUAAGACACUAUCAUUGGAUUUAGCGAUAAAGUGAUCGCUUAUGACAUAAUCGCUACAAUGAGUACCAAUUCUUCGGCUCCGACCAGUUGUACGGCAACGGCAGAGACGGAUGGCGUGAGCAAUGAAUCCACGGCUACGACGACACCCGAUAUCCCUCAACACCACAACAAAUCCAACACCACUUCAGCCAACACUUCCAACACUACCAACGACUUCGAGUUCAUACCUCCGCCCGAAUGUCCAGUCUUUUACCCGACACAAGAGGAGUUCGCUUUGGGACCUCUGGAGUACAUCUCGAAGAUCAGACCCGAUUCGGACCCUCUUGUGGGCACGUGUACUAUAGAUCAGCCAACGGUUUUAUCGGAGGAACAAAAGUCCCAAAACCGGAGUCUCCGGAAAGCUCUUCGUCUUCGCGACCGAUAUAUGGCUGAAUCUCAACAGAGUUUUUGCGAUACGACGCGACAAUUCAUUCACCAGACAUUCAAACCGCAGACAACACCAGAAAACAGUGAGUCUUCUCAUUGCUAUAGUUAUGCGUUUCUUCCAAAGGUCCCGCUCUCGGCCUCUAAGAUACGAUCCUAUGACUUGGCUUUCAGACCAAUCCGUGUCCACAAGCGAUGGUCAGUUGAUUGCGAUGAACCACCAGUUAUUGGCGACCCGUGGAGUGCAACCAUUCCUCCGGAUCUCAACUAUAUAUUACGAAUAGAGGACGGAGUCGUCGGAGUCUAUAAAAGCAAAGAAGAACUCGACGACGGGCACCGGGCUCCCUAUCCGGUCACGACAUUCAAUCACUUUAUCGAUGACAUGAAGUUCUUGUGCCGAACCAUCGCUGACGGACCACUCAAGUCGUAUUCGUUUAAACGAUUGGCGUAUUUGUCGCACAAAUUUCAACUCCACGUCCUGUUGAACGACUUACAGGAGCUGAAGGCCCAGAAACAGGUGGCGCACCGGGACUUCUACAACGUGCGCAAAGUGGACACUCACGUUCACGCGGCCUCCUGUAUGAACCAAAAGCAUUUGUUGCGAUUCAUUAAGAAGACCAUCAAAACGCGUAAAGACGACAGGGUUUGUCUCGAUGAGAACGGCAGACCAUUGACUCUGGAACAGGUGUUCAAUAUAUUGCAACUCACGUCCUAUGAUCUGAGCGUUGAUAUGCUUGACGUUCACGCCGACAGAAACACGUUUCACAGAUUUGAUAAAUUCAACACUAAAUACAAUCCGAUCGGCGAAAGCCGUUUGAGAGAAAUAUUUCUUAAAACUGAUAAUUAUAUUAAUGGCGAAUAUUAUGCGGAAAUCCUUAAGGAAGUGAUGAUGGAUUUGGAGGAAUCCAAGUACCAACAGGCUGAACUUAGACUCUCGAUUUAUGGCCGAAAGCCGGACGAGUGGAACAAUUUGGCCAAAUGGGCGCUUAAGAACAAUGUCUAUUCAGACACUGUUCGAUGGGUUAUUCAAAUACCAAGGCUUUAUGAUAUAUACCGGGCGAACAAAUUGGUGGAAAAUUUUGAGCAAAUGCUGGAAAAUCUAUUUCUACCUCUGUUUGAAGCGACCAGUAAUCCCAACUCUCAUCCGGAACUCCAUUGCUUUCUUCAGUAUGUGAUUGGAUUUGAUUCGGUGGACGACGAGUCCAAACAUGAGAAUCCGUUGUUUGACAAAGAGAUACAGAUUCCUCCCAAAUGGACUGAUGGAGAGAAUCCUCCGUACAAUUAUUAUCUCUACUAUAUGUACGCAAAUAUGUGUGUUCUCAACCAUUUCAGAAAAGAACGAGGUUUUAAUACAUUUGUAUUGCGUCCGCAUUGCGGAGAAGCCGGAAAUAUUCAGCAUUUAGUCGGAGGUUUCCUAUUGAGUGAAAACAUAUCUCAUGGCCUAUCACUACGCAAAGUGCCAGUCCUUCAAUAUCUCUACUAUUUGGCGCAAAUCGGAAUAGCGAUGAGUCCGCUCUCUAACAACUCAUUGUUUCUCAAUUACCACAGAAACCCUUUGCCUGAGUUCUUAUAUCGUGGUCUCUGUGUCUCGCUCUCAACCGACGAUCCCUUGCAAUUCCACUUCACUAAAGAGCCUUUGAUGGAAGAGUAUUCAAUCGCGGCUCAGGUAUGGAAACUGAGCAGUUGUGAUAUGUGUGAGUUGGCCCGCAAUAGUGUUAUAAUGUCGGGCUUUCCGCACGAAUUUAAACAGCACUGGAUUGGACCUAAUUAUAAGGCUGAAGGAGUGGCCGGUAAUGACAUUAAACGCACUAAUGUUCCCGGAAUUAGGAUUAUGUAUAGACACGAGACCCUAAUGUAUGAGUUGAAUAAUAUCUUUAGAAUGGCAUAGAUUUUACUUAUUAUUAUUUAAUUGUUUUUCUAUAUCUAUUUGCUUUACAUAUGUGUAACUUAUAAUUUGUAACAGAAAACCCUCUUAUAUAACCAUUGAAUACUGUCUUCUGAUUUGAUUAACUAAACCUGUGAUUGUGUAAUACAAACCAGUAAUUGACACAAACGGUGUUCACUAUAAGACUCGUUUAGUCUGUAAUAUUGAUACUCUUAUUUUGAUAACUGGUUUUAAAACAAACUUUUGUCACAACAGUUGAGUGCCAUUAUAUGAAAUGAUAUCAUUGUUUUUGUUUAAUAUUAGAGUAGUUUUUAUUUAUCACAAUAACAUUAAUGAAUGUAUUGUUUUGUGACAAUCAAUAGUUUAUUGCGUUUGCUUUUAUUGUUAUAUUCGCUAUAAUUUUUUGUAUGAGUUAUUUAAUUGAUUCUCAGAUAUUUGUGGAC